GUUAGCUCCAAUCCACCCCUACAUCAGAUCAAAGAAGACCUACGCGACGACGGGCAAGCCUACACUCAUUGCAUGUAGGAAGGGCGACUGGAGAGGGGGCACGACCUCCUUCGUCCUCGUUGUCUUGCUUGCGCUUCUUGCAGGCGUCAUCUGCUUCUUCGGCAGCAGCAAUGUUGUCUACCAGAUCGGAGAGCGUUUCGGCAGACUGCUCGUUGUCCCGUUCGGAAACAGAGUCAGCCUCAGAAGGCGAUGGUGAAUGAGGAGGGGUAUUUUGUGCUGAGCGAUACAGUGAGCCAACACAGAAAGACAGGGUCAAUAAGAGCAGCCAGAGGAAGAACGCACCGUGGGACGAAUCAGCAGGUUCCGCCGCCGCCACCGCCUCUUGCGGAAGAAGAAUGUCGCAUGUGGGGCAGGAAGGAGCAUCGUCCUCGAGUAAAGAGGAAUCGUCUAUGGCGUGGGUUAGAUAAUGGAAACGAUAGGCAGAGAAGAGCUACGUACCCUCAAGCGCUUGCGCUUGAUACUCGAAAACGGAGACGGGGGUAUCCUGCUGCUCUUGCUGAGGGAUAUCGGUCGACGCUUUGGUGGCUUCAAUAUGGAUGCUCAUGAUGAACAGC